CGGCGUGCGCGCCACCACCCACUGACUCACACGGCGCGACCGCACCCGCGACGCGUGCGCCCUGUCAUCGCGCCACGUGGCCGCGAUGGGGCUCCGCUAGCCACCGUGCGCCCGACCCGCUACGGCCAGCCGCUAAAUAAAUCGCCUCGGAUCUGACCAAAUCCUCUCCGUCCGGACCGCACGCCGUCUCCCCCGUUUCCAUUUCGCGAGGAGAAGAAAACGAGGGGGCAAGGGGAGGACAAAGAAACGGGGUCGGCGCCGCCGCCGCCGCCGGUUCGAGGUGGAGAAGAAGUGUAACACAAGUUGCCAUGGAGGAGAACGCCGGUAGAUCCACCACAACAAUUGGCCUUCUAAGAAGGGGUUCUGGCGUCUCCUUGAGAAAUCAAAGCAAUGAGGAGAGACCAAAUCAGUUCCAGAAUAAGCCAGGGAACACCACAAAAGCAACAUGGGCUGGCAACAAGGAAAAGCCGGGGUAUUUGCGUGACUCUUUUAAUUCUUCAGGAUCCAAGUCUGUAUCUGCAAGCUCUUCAAAAGCUCCUGUCAGAAAGAAUUAUGACGAAAAGCUAAGGCGCCCAUUGUCGGCACAGUUUAACAAUGCUGAAAGUAGUAACAGAAGAACUGUUGUCAACCGUCUGCAGAGUAGCAAGAAAGCUAUUGCUAAUGAGGAGGAUGGGCAUCCAUGUGCUCAGCAGAUUGAGUCAGAAGAUUCAUCAUCCACAUCAACCACUGGGGAUCAGCCAACAGGGCUAGAUCCUGAAGUCUUAGGUUCAUCUGUUUCUUCAGGGAGUUCUUCACAUGCAGUUGAUUCUUUGGCCAGAAAUACUGCAUUGAGGACUAAGCCACGUAGGCAAAAGGAUAAAGAACAAAUAGGUUUGGGUAAAACUCAACCUGCACCUACUUCUGUCCAUCAGCCUGCUGGACCUCGCAAUUUGGCCAUUGGUAUGAAAUCAUCAAAUGGUGCUGGUCCUGGUGUACAAAGGCGUGGUAUAAAAAACCUUGGUUGCACAUCAAUCUCUGAUGUUUUGCCGUCAGGCUGUUCUUCAUCUAAUUCUGUCCAUAGUAAGAGGACUGAGAUUACGAGAGAGAGGAUUUCUGAUGGGGAGACUUCUUCAAGACCAAGGGGCAUAAGUGGGCAGCCUUCCUUGUAUCCUGGCAGUACUGGUCCUAGAGUCAGAGACUCUGAACAAUCAGCUUCUCAACAAACAGCAAGGACUAGCAACAGAAUUAUUCGGGAUUCUGCAGAUUCAGUAAGGACUAGGCGUCCUUCUACUCAGCAGGCUAGGAUGAGGAUGCCAGAUGAAACAGAGCAGGGCGUGUUUGCUCUGCGUGAGACUUUUUCAGGGGCUCGUCAACCAGAUUGGGCCCGAUUUUCGAUGAACGAAGUUCCCCCACAGAGGUCAACAAGGCCUUUUCCUAUGGAGUUGCCUCAUGCAAUUUACUCUUCUAGUCGUCAAGGCUCUAGUAACCGUGCAUCAAGGAGCAGAGGGAGUUCUCGUCCCGAGGAUAGCUCUCCACAAAUGUUUAGAGAUGUCUACAGACGCAUGAACAUGGACGGAAUUGCAGAGGUGUUGCUUGCAUUGGAAAGGAUCGAACAACAUGAUGAAUUGUCUUAUGAGCAACUGCUGGUGCUGGAAACCAAUCUAUUCCUCAGUGGCCUUGGCUUGAAUGAUCAGCAUAGAGAUAUGAGAAUGGAUAUUGACGACAUGUCUUAUGAGGAAUUAUUACAACUAGAAGAUAGAAUUGGCUCCGUGAGCACUGCCCUUUCUGAAGAGCAAUUGACAAAUUGUCUCAGUCGAAUCAUGUAUAAAUGGGAGAAUGCGGCGCUAGAAGUGAACGAACCUGUCGUAGAUGAUGUCAAAUGCAGCAUAUGCCAGGAGGAAUAUAUUGAGGACGAAGAGGUCGGUAGAAUGAAGUGUGAGCAUCAGUACCAUGUGUGCUGCAUUCAGGAGUGGCUUCGACAGAAGAACUGGUGUCCGAUAUGCAAAGCUUCAGCAGUACCUUCGUCGGACGCCGACAAGGGGGAUACAUGAAUCUAUGUCAAAUACCCCCUCCGUCCCAUAACCAUAAUAUAAAAGCGUUUUUGACACUACAUCUUAUAUUAUGGGACGGAGGGAGUAGUAUGAACUUACCAUGAAACCAUGUUAGACAUCGUAGACGCUGCCCCAAAUCAGGUCCCUCCAACUUGUGAAUAUAUAUGAUAAACUGUUUCUCUCUUGCAAA